UCUAAAAAUGGGGUGUGGUUGGCAGGGCCGCAAUUGUUGAGGAGAAAUCGGAAGUGAAUUUAAAAACUAUCUUCUUCAUUCUUUCCCAAAGCCCGGCACUUUUGUCACUGGUGUAGGCAUUCUGCAAGGGCAAAAGUCUGGUGUAACCAAACUUGCAAUUUGCACCCAUGAGUGACACUAUGUCUAGACCUGUUGAGAGGCCUUACAGGCCAAGUCUUGAAAAAAUUGAUCUUGAGAGCUCCGAGGAUGAGAGGAAGACGAGGCUCGGGACUCUCAAGAAAAAGGCAAUCAAUGCCUCUACCAAGUUUAGGCAUUCUUUGACCAAAAGGGGCAGGAGAAACAGCAGAGUCAUGUCUGUGGUUGUUGUCGACGAGCACGAUGCUGAGGAAUUGCAAGCAGUGGAUGCAUUACGGCAAGCCCUUAUACUGGAAGAGUUGCUCCCUUCAAAACACGAUGAUUAUCACAUGAUGCUCAGAUUUUUGAAGGCCAGGAAAUUUGACAUUGAGAAAACAAAGCAAAUGUGGGCUGAUAUGAUUCGUUGGAGAAAGGACUUUGGUGCAGACACUAUCAUGGAGGAUUAUGAUUUCAAAGAAAAAGACGAGGUCCUUAAAUAUUAUCCCCAAGGUCAUCAUGGAGUUGAUAAGGAGGGACGACCAGUUUAUAUAGAAUCUCUGGGUAAAGUUGAUGCUAACAAAGUCAUGCAAGCCACAACACUGGACCGAUAUAUUAAGUACCAUGUUCAAGAAUUUGAACGGACCUUUAAUGAUAAGUUCCCAGCCUGCUCUAUUGCUGCCAAGAAACACAUUGAUCAGAGCACAACUAUUAUUGACGUACAAGGAGUGGGAUUGAAAAGUUUCAGUAAAGCAGCCAGGGAUCUUCUCCAACGCAUUCAAAGCAUUGAUGGUAAUAAUUACCCUGAGACCUUGUGCCGUAUGUACAUCAUUAAUGCUGGCUCUGGAUUUAGGCUUCUCUGGAACACAGUGAAAUCCUUCCUUGACCCAAAAACUACUGCAAAGAUCAAUGUUCUUGGUAAUAAAUACCAAAGCAAGUUGCUGGAGAUAAUUGAUGCCAGUGAGCUUCCAGAGUUUUUGGGUGGUACUUGUAAUUGUGCAGAGAAAGGUGGUUGCAUGCUGUCGGAUAAGGGGCCAUGGAAUGAUCCUGAGAUAAUGAAGAUGGUCCGGAGUGGUGCACACAAAUGCAGCACAAAGAUUUCAAUUUCAUUUGACGAUAAACCUGUUUCUGAGGAAGAACCAUCAACUCGUAAGAGUGUUUCUUUUAAGGCAGCAAAUGAGGGAUCCAUGCCGUCAAGGGAGCAAAUUGAGAAGCCACAUCUCUCUCCUGUCCAUGAAGAAAUAACCCCAAAUCAAUCUAGUACGGAUGAGAACACUGACUCCGUGCCUAUGGUGGACAAGGCUGUCGAUAAGACUUGGCCAAAAUCUGUGCAAGAUGACAGACUUGCAGUCUCUAAAGCUCAAGACUUUUACCCAAUCCAUGAUUGUUGCAAGCCUAGUGAUGGAAUAAGCAGCCACAUCAUUAAUGGAAUGAUGAGCUUUCUGAUGGGCAUUGCGGCUAUGGUCCGACUGAGCCGAAACGUUCCCAAAAAGCUUACUGCUGCCACUCUUUAUUCUAGCUCCAUGCCGGGCAAUGAUGAUUUGGACAAAGGUCAGGCGUCCUGCAAUAUGCCUCUAGUCACUGUAACUCACAAUGACUACGUAAUGAUGAUGAAGCGCAUGAGCGAUCUGGAGGACAAAGUCAUCACUCUCAGCCAGAAACCACCAACAAUGCCCCCUGAGAAAGAGGAAUUGCUGAAUGCUGCUUUGUCUCGUGUGCACGAGCUAGAACAGGAGCUUUCAUCUACCAGAAAGGCUCUUGACGAUGCUCUUGUACACCAAGCAGAGCUCAUAGCCUUCAUGGAGAAGAAGAAGAAAAAGAAGAAGUUCUUCGCGUUCUAAGAUCGGAUUCAAACUAUUGCUCGUUGUAAAAUGAUGAGAAAUAUCGGUUCUGGCAACCUAAAAACUGGUCGUGGCUAAAUGGUAAGGAUCACUGCAUGUUGCUCUUAUAAGUACUCAGGGAAAAAGCCUUGUAUAAAUAAUCGCCACUCUUUUCAUUUGUAUUAAACUAUUUGGCACGUCUUAGCUGCUUCUCCCUAAUCACUUGGCUACAAAUCGGCAUUCUUUAGGUUUUCUAUCUUAAUACUGUUCUUUUAUCUGCAAAAUCCAGUAAUGUUAGAUUGCUUCUUGUUU